CGGUCAUAAAAAGUCGCGUGGAGGAAAUAGUGUGGAAAAGGCAGUCGGAGCGAUGCCGACCGCCGUGGAAGUUUGGACCGCCGCGCAGUUGACGCACUUGGGCGUCGACAGCGUGUUUGCUCCGUACGUCCUUGGGAUGCUUUGCAUGGAGGACGGCCCCACCUUGACUGAAGACGACGAAGUCGAAGACGCGAAGCGGCAGGAAGUGCUCGACUUGUUGAUGGGCUGGCUCGACGACUCGCACCAGACCCAAGUGGAGAACUUUGUGGAUGAACUUAUCUUGUACGUGAAGAAUCCCUCGCAGCUCGAACUCUUGCACGAGGCAGCGUCCGUGGCAGACAAUGCUGACGCGACCGCCGACGAGGAAGAGCUUGCCCAACUCGAUGCGACAGCAUCGACGUUCGUGCCUGUGCCGCGGGACGAACCACCGGCAAUUGCCGACCAUCCUGGCGCGUAUGACGUCGACGUCGACAAUGAAGAUGCGUUCUACUGGUCCGUGGCAUAUGAGCUUGUCGAGCAAUUGCUGCUCGAGUUUCCAGCCAUGGACCCCGAACGGUUGCUGGAUCUCCUCAAGGAAGUGGACUUGAAUGUUCAUCGCGCGCAGGCCACGAUGCAAGGCAUCAUCGACUCCGAGAUGACCAAAGGCAACAACGCCCAAGUAUGUCGGCAUUACCUUCAAGGCGACUGCCGUCGCGCCGACUGCUGGUUUCUUCACGACACGCACCUGAUCCCAUGCCGGUACUGGAUCCGCGGCGGGUGCUUGCAAGGGGACGAGUGUGCAUUUGCCCACUCGUUUGCCGUCGCAAUGUCGCAGUACUCGUCGUGUGCGUCUGCCGCCAACGACGUAGAAGAGAGCGACGAGCCGCUCGAGUGGAACUUUCCAGCGCUACAAGGGGGUACAUCCCAUGCCACGAAUGCCACCGACGCCAAGCUGUCGCUCGAUUUCAAGCGCGCCGUCGCCAUGGCCCCCGCGCCGCCGUCGUACGCAAGCAAUUCGUGGUUUGGUGCCACCACGUCGUCCGGGACGACCAAACGACCGACAUCAAAAAUGGUGGGGAAAUCCAACAUGUCCAUCUCGCAAUGGGUGGAAACCGGGGACCAAGUCGCGGCGCAGUACCAAAAGGCCCGCGCGACGGCCCGGGACUUGGCCCUCGCGCGCAACCAGUGCUUUAUGAACGCCACGCGGGCAUUUCGCGCCAACAACAAAGCUGCCGCCAAGAGUUUGUCUCGGCAAGGCCAGCAAUUCAACGACGAGAUGAAACAGGCACAUUUUGAAGCCGCCACCCUCAUCUUCAAUGCACGGAACCCCCACUACGAAGUCGACGGCAUCGUCGACCUUCAUGGGCUCCACGUUGCCGAAGCAGUCGAAUUGCUCGCGUGGCUCCUCCCCAGCAUCAAGACCCGCGAUUCCAUCUGCGUCGUCACCGGGUCCGGGCAUCACUCGCAUCACCAACGUCUGCGACCGGCAGUCGAACGAUUCUUGACCUCCGAAGGGUACCCAUACACAGUCGUCCCCGAUCGAAAAGGAUUUGUCGGCAUGCUCAAUGUAUCUUUGACGUGGUGACAGUCGUGCAAUCGAGUUUGUUCAUCGAACGAUGUCGCCGUCAAUGUCAGCGCACAUCUGGACCGAUAAAACGCUGCAGGUCAUGGACGCGUCCGUGGAGAAGUGCUGCAUCCUUCCUCAUCAACCCCACUCGUCGUCUCGAUCUCAACUCUCCAGCAGCACCGACUUCAAUUAUACCUCCAUUCAUUGCCAGCUCUCCAGCAGCACCGACUUCAAUUAUACCUCCAUUCAUUGCCCCCAAGUACAAGAAUCCCGAACAUUGCAGCAUCGAGGCAGACAUGAGUCGAUGGACAUGGACCAGUCGACGGCCUCGAUCCAGUAGAUGUCACCACCCCGACGUACUCAAGGAUCUCCGUUUGCGUGAUGGAUUACCCUUGUACACGCAUGC